CCACUUUGUUUCUACAAUUCCAGCACAUUUUCAUUAAAGCACGGUCAAAAGUUUACUUUCUAUAAAAAGUAUUUUGUGUUUUUUCUAUAUAUUCACAAUGGAUAAAAAUCCUGAUAUAAUUAAAUUGGAUAGUGAUAAUGAAGAUUUGGAUGAACAUGCACAAGAAACCGCCACAGUUGAUUUAACUUCCGAUACCAGUAUGAAUGAAAGUCUUGAGCCAAAAUUGCCGGCUGCUAUCACAGUAAAAGAGGCAAUUGUCUGUGAUGAUAUCGAGGAAGGUGAAGUGGAGGAAGCACAAGAAGCUGCGGAAAUAUGUGCACCAACAAGUAGUAAACAAACAUUAGCCUUUGAAAUCAAAUUUUCAAAUGAAAGUAUUUUCAAAGAAUAUGGCCAUAGCAUAUUGGACUCACUUGAAAAGGCACUUAAUGUGGCUGAGGAUAAACCAUUCUUUGCAUUUAACAUUUUGAAUGCUGAAAAUACUGUUACUAGUAUAAACGCUUAUAUAGCAAAACAAUCAAAUGUCAACCACUAUGAUAUGGAUUUAAGUGAUUGUGAAGAGGCGGUGAGUAUAACAGAAGUAGCACCCGAGCGCCACAAGUCAGAAAAUCGUGAAGAAUCACCGGAUUUGGACUUGGACUCACUGUUUACAAUUGAUACGUCUGGCUCGAAAAAACUCGAUACUCAAUGUGUACCUUCAUAUAAGCGUAGUAUUAAAGAUGUUUUAAAUGAAGAAUCCUCAGCACGGAAACGAGAAAAACUGGAGGAAGAGGAGAAUGAAUGCCAAAGAGUGAGAACGACGGCGGCUUGCUUUAAUUGUGGUGUAGCUGGACACUCAAUACGUGAAUGUCCAAAACCACGUAAUAACGCGCGCAUAAAUCGUGCCAAAAUGGCGCGCAAACAAGAGAGAUAUCACAUUGAUAUUGAGCAACGCUUUGGACACUUAAGACCGGGUAAAAUUAGUGACAAGCUACAGACAGCGCUUGGUUUAAAGCGUGGAGAACUGCCAUUCUUUUUCUACCGUAUGAGAAAACUAGGUUAUCCACCUGGUUGGUUGGAGGAGGCUAGAGUGGUGAAUUCAGGCAUAGCUUUAUUCAAUUCAGAUGGAGGCGCAGUGAUGGCUUCGGAGGAAGAGAAUUCACAAAAAAGCGAUGAGAUUAAAUAUGACAUAUCCAAAAUAAUGGACUUCCCAGGUUUCAAUGUUGAUCCAGGUCCAAACUUCUACGAUGACUACAAACACCAUAACGUACCACCACUGUCUCGUCAUCAACGAAAAGAAGAAUUUAUCAGAAAAUUGGGUAGCAAUGUCAUUAAGGGCUACAAACAUAAAAGACUUAAGAGUCUGCCACAGACUACAAAUGCCGUUGAGCCUAAAACCAGCAUUAUAGACAAUGCUGACAUGGAAAUUGAAGAUGACGUCGCUGUUGAUGAAAAUGUAGUGUUUACUCGUCCUCCACCCCCACCGGAACCCGCGGAUGACAUUAAACCACCACCACCACCGGAACCCGCGAACGACAUCAAACCACCAUUACCAAAUGAUGAAACUACCUCAGCACCGAAUGAAGAAUGCUCAACCGACACAAGUGAACGUACAUGUUCUCCCACUUUAGACUAUUUGGAGGAGCGCAAACAAAAGUUGCUAGCCGAAUUGAAAUCUGGUUUAUGCGAUGCUGACAGUUUUUCAAGUAGCGCCACCGAAGAAUCAGUCACACCCGAAGCCAGCAAUAAUGAGGCGAAAGUAAACGAAGCAUCUACACCAGCAAAUACAAAUGAAAUUGUCUCAGCUGAACCAGUAACACCUACGACAAAUGAAAUGACGAAGGCCUUAGAUAUUAUUAAGGAAUCACACAUGGGUACACCGGUGUUACAUUUUUCACCAUACGAAAAACUACCAGCUGGUGAGAAUUUCAAAGUGGGUGUUAGUGAUGUUAUUAAUUUUGAAAAUCUACCUGAUUCAACGGGUAAAUACGAUCAAAUGAAGGAGGUAAUUAAGAAAGUACGAAAUAUCGUGACCAAAUUACACAACGACGAUGAUGACUGAUAAAGGGUGUUUCUUCGAGACAUUUGAAAUUGCAUUUUGUAAAUUUUCUGAAUGGUUGUGUGAACGUGCGUUUGUGGUUAAUUUUAACUUAAAUACAUAACAAUUGUAUACUAUAAUGAUCAUAUUAUUUAUUAAGAGCCAAAAGCUCUUGAUUUUUCUAUAAGAGAAUAAUAUAGUACUUCAUUUUACCGACAAAUAAUUUAUGGUUUAUAUAUUGAGUGUAAUAAAGUCUAUCUUUUCAUGUAACUUCAAAAUGAUUUUAUUCAAAAAACACUAAAAAUAAAUAUUAUUUUUCGUUAUUAGAUUUAUAGUACAAAUUAGGUUUCUCUGCGUUUGCGGACUUACCUCUUUCUAAUAACUAUUAAUUUGAAUUUUUUUAUUUCAAUGUAUUUCAAAUCUUUCUAAUUAUAAAAAAAAAAACAACUAAAUUGUAAAAUUCAAUUCAUAAUAUGGCACAUACACAUAAAAUUAAAAUGAAAUUUAUGAACUGUUGCCUACUAUUGGGUACAAAAGACCAAAAAUUUAUUAUGAAGAAAGAAUGUAAAUCUUAAACUCAGGCAGAACAUUAAUAUUCACCGUUCAUCGUAUCAAAUACACCAACACAAGUGACAAAGUACCGUUGGGUUUACAUAACCGGAACGCAUUCGAAUUUUUAUCUCUCCAAAGUCUGUCAACUUGACGGUAUUUUUAAAGAUUGUUUGUGGAAUAUUUCACCAAAAAAGGUGAAAAGUAUAAUUAUUUUGUUGAAAUAUGUAUAUAAUACGUUGAUUUGAAUUCUUGUAAAUUUAUUUAUUAAAAUUCUGUGCAUGAAUUUAACAUAAGAAAUAUUACCAGCUAUCUACAUAGUGUUCAUGAUAUACAAUGCGAGAAGCAGCAGAUUCAUAUACCAUAUAUACAUAUGUGUGAUUGUGGUAAUAUUAACAUUCUUUGAAUAGGUACAUUUGAUUUGCUAAAACUUUAUAGUUCUUUUUAUUAUAUGUAACUCAUAUUGAACACUUUGUGUCCAGGCAAGAUACUAACACAAAUCAAAGCAAACAAAAUUUUGUUUUUCAUAUUUAAAUCACUUUAAUUAUACACUCGCGCACUCAUGUAUAUGUACAUAUAUCUUAUAAUAUACACAUAUUGUAUAUCCGUAUUGAUAUGCGUGCAAAUGUGGUCUUCAUAAUUUUCGUUAGAGAAAUCUUAUAUGGAAUGGUUUGCAAUAGUUGCAAAAAAGAGUUUAAGCAUUAUUUGAAUAAUUACAAAUAUUUUGAAAAUUUUAUAAAUAUAUUUUCUUCGUGUGAGCGCAUGGGUAAAAAUUUCCAAAAUUUUAUUGCACAAUAAUUUAGUUUAU